GUCCCUCGUAACGCUUCGUCUUAGCGCAGAUCGCCGCUGUGACCGAGCCAGCGGACUCCUUCCUCCUCCGCCAGGGCUGCUCCUCUUUCCCCGCCUGGUGCUCCUCCGUCGCGGCGGGUUAGACAGACCUCUGCCGCCGGGUCGUGGAUGGUUGAACGGACGCGUUUUUGUCGUCGUAUCGGAGCGGAGCGCCGGAGCGCCGUAUCGGACUCCGCCUGCGGGACGCGCCGCCCGGAUUACAGCGGGUUUUGAGUGACGGGGGCGCUUGCGGGACAACAUGAAGAUCACCGUGGAUUUCGAGGAAUGUCUGAAGGACUCCCCCCGAUUCAGAGCCACCAUAGAGGAAGUGGAGGGGGACGUCUGUGAGCUGGAGUCCAAGCUUGACAAACUGGUGAAGCUGUGCAUUGGGAUGAUUGAUGCAGGUAAAGCCUACAACUCGGCCAACAAGCAGUUUGUUAAUGGGAUCAGGGAGCUGGCCCAGCAGUCCACCAAAGAUGAAGUCAUUGAGUCCAGCCUCACAAAGUUUGCUGAGAGUCUGCAGGAAAUGAUCAACUACCACACGAUCUUGUUUGACCAGGCCCAGAGAUCAAUAAAGACCCAGCUUCAAACCUUUGUCAAAGAAGACCUGCGUAAGUUUAAAGAGGCCAAGAAGCAGUUCGACAAGGUGAGUGAGGAGAAGGAGGCGGCGCUGACCAAGAAUGCCCAGGCUCCCCGCAACAAGCAGCACGAGGUGGAAGAAGCCACCAACAUCCUCACCGCCACACGCAAAUGUUUCAGACACAUCGUGCUGGACUACGUCCUACAGAUAAAUGUGCUGCAGUCAAAGAGAAGAUCGGAAAUCCUAAAAUCGAUGCUGUCCUUCAUGUACGCCCACCUGACCUUCUUCCACCAAGGCUAUGACCUUUUCAGUGAACUCCAACCGCUAAUGAAACAGCUGGGCGGACAGUUGGACCAGCUGGUGGUGGAUGCAGCCAAGGAGAAGAGAGACAUGGAGCAGAAACACUCCACCAUUCAACAAAAGGACUUCUCGAAUGACGACACAAAGCUGGAGUACAAUGUGGAUGCAGACAACGGCAUCGCCAUGGAGGGUUACCUGUUUAAGAGGGCCAGCAACGCCUUCAAAACCUGGAACAGGAGGUGGUUCUCCAUCCAGAACAACCAGCUAGUUUACCAGAAGAAGUUUAAGGAUAAUCCCACAGUGGUGGUUGAGGACCUGAGGUUGUGUACGGUCAAACAUUGUGAGGACAUUGAACGUCGAUUCUGCUUCGAGGUUGUCUCUCCUACCAAGAGCUGCAUGAUGCAGGCAGACUCGGAGAAGCUGCGGCAAGCUUGGAUCAGAGCUGUUCAGAACAGCAUCGCCACCGCCUUCAGAGAGAAGGGAGACACUUCAGAGAUUGAAAGGCUGGACAGGAAGUCUUCCACAUCCACAGGAAGCCUGGACUCUGGGGGGGAACCCAAGGAGAGGUCCCUGAAGGGGGAGAGCGCUCUCCAGAGGGUCCUGGCCAUUCCUGGGAACUCCUGCUGUUGUGACUGUGGUCAGCCGGACCCCCGCUGGGCCAGCAUCAAUCUCGGCAUCACGCUCUGCAUCCAGUGCUCCGGCAUUCACAGGAGUUUGGGAGUGCUCUCCAAAGUUCGCUCUCUGACUUUGGACACCUGGGAGCCUGAACUCCUCAAGUUGAUGUGUGAACUGGGGAAUGGUGCAAUUAACCAAAUCUAUGAAGCUCGGAGGGAAGAACUGGCAGCCAGGAAACCCCAACCAGGAGACCCACGACACGAGAUUGAGUCGUACAUCAAGGCCAAGUACGUGGAUCGCCGGUUCGUUCGCCGUCCAUCUGACGAGGAGCUGCGUACCAAAGUGGUUUCCCUCAGCAAACAGGAGAAGCGGCUGAGCAGCAGCUCUGAGCACCUCCCCCCGCGACCUCCUCCCCCGACCCCGAAGCUCCGACCGGGCUCCAACAUCUCUGGACAGACAGUCCGGAGUGCAGACAGCGGGAUUCAGAACAGCGCUGACGGGAGCAGAGAGAUGCUGGUCAACACCCCUUCCUCCAACAGCCUGACAGAGCCAGAAGCUUCAGAAGCUGCGGAUGCUCCAGUGAUGCCCAUGCCCUCCAGCCUGCCCCCCCCAUCACCCUGUAAGGAGGUGGUGUUCUACGAGCCGCGGGAGUACAGCGCCGGCCUGCAGCUGUAUUGGGCUUCCUGCGCCCGCAGCCUGCCCAACAUGGCUGAGGCUCUGGCCCAUGGCGCCGAAGUCAACUGGGUCAACACCGAGGAUGACAAGAGGACGCCGCUCAUCAUGGCGGUGCAGGGGGGCUCUCUGGUGACCUGUGAGUUCCUGCUGCAGAACGCAGCAAACGUCAACCAGCAGGACGCUCAGGGCCGCGGCCCCCUCCACCACGCCACCAUCCUGGGACACACAGGACAAGUGUGUUUGUUCCUGAAGAGAGGAGCCAAUCAGAACGCAGCAGACAUCGAGGAGAAAACGCCUCUCUCCAUGGCGGUGGAGGCAGCCAACGCGGACAUCGUCACACUGUUGCGACUGGCCAAGAUGAACGAAGAGAUGCGGGAGGCCGAGGGGCCGUACAGCCAGUCAGGAGAUGAAACCUACCAGGAUAUUUUCCAAGACUUCACCCAGAUGGCGUCCAAUGACCCGGACAAGCUGAACCGCUACCAACAGUAUGACGGACAGAGGCUCUGACAACGGCGAGAUGGCCCCGAGUCCAUCCACAGACCAUCCACAGCAUUCUGUGGUUCUGCCGGGCAGCGCCGGGCAUCUUACUGCCAUAUGGCGAUCCAUUUCAUCCCAUCCAAAAAAAAACCCACACUGCCCUCUGUGGCCUUGCAAUGAAUUUUAACAUCAGCUGAGGUGUUUUUUACUCAAACUGAAGAGUACAGACACUUCACUGUGGUGAGGAAGGAACUUAAAUCAGCGGUUAAAUGAACGGGUUUCCCCUUUCUAUGCAUCUGUACAGUACUUCUCAGCAGGACUUACAGUAAGUGAAUGGUACAGUGUUGUAGCCUCUGAAGGGACUCCAUCCAUCCAAGCAAAGACACUCAGAAAGUUAGUUUUAAGGAACGCUUUGACUUCGCCUUGCCAACAUUGCAAUGCAGUUUCUGGACUCUACAGCUCAUUAAUCUGUACGGGAGGAGGCCAAGAUCAGGACUGGUUAAAAAAUCCAUCAGAGUCGUUAGUAGAAACCUGUGUUUUAUAGACCGUUGAAACUGUUGCAGUUUUAAACCCUUUCUCUGUCGAAUAGGAUUCUGUUGGAGGUGGAGGUGAAGGCAGCAUAUACAUGAAAAUAUGUCUUUUAAUUAUUUGCACAAAUCUCUUCGUCUUAAAUCACCACUGAUGUUGACCAGGUUUUGAUGGUAAGACUUUGACGUGUGAAAGUGUGUACAGGCAUUACAAGAGUGCGCCUGUUGUCGUCGUCUGUAAUGCUAAAAGACAAACUCCUAGUUAUGUGUUUGAUUUGAAAUGUUCGAUACCUAUUCCUGAAAACGUUCCAGUGAGGGAUUUUAUUCCCGCGUUCGACGCCACGUUAUUCUCUGAGCAGGUUUCCGGUGUCGCGUGUUCAGAGUCGAGGUGGCGGACGUGAGGAGCGUUCAGAGGCACAAAAACACCUCUGUGGGACUUGAAGGACAGCGGUUUAUUGGACCGCUGGUGUUCGGCCAUUUUGUGGCCCUGGCUUCUACAGACCGCCAGCUCUGUGCUGGAGGGCCCCGGCACUGGGAAACGUCUGGAACAACGACUCGCUCGGGAAUUGUGCACGUAGUUGGAAAGCUUUUGUACAAGUACAAAACUGUUGUUGGGCCGCGACACGGGACAGCACGUUGUAAACCACAGUUUAUUCAUAUGUUGUGAUUUUUUGCUGUAGUGAAGAAUCUUCUUCACCUCGGGGCCGAGUGUGCGGCCAUGUUGCUCAGCCGCCGGCACACAACAUGUUGAGCACCGACUAAUCUCUUAAAUAAAGAUAAGACAUGAACGCAUGGAAAAAGACUGG